AUGGGUCGAAAGCUUGGUCUCUUCCGGGCUAUCUGCCUGGUGUCAGCCAGUUGCAUGGGCUCAUUUGCCUUCGCCUUUGACACCGGCGUCAUCAGCGGCGUUCUCACAUUGUCCUCAUUUCAGAGGGAUUUCAGAUACACUGCGGCUGAGAAGACCUCGGUCAACUCCAACGCCGUCUCUAUCCUGCAAGCAGGCGCCUUCUUCGGUUGCUUUUUCACGACUCCCAUCGCUAAAUACCUCGGUCGGCGACUUGGACUCAUUGUAAGCUCGCUAGUAUUUACUGUGGGAACCAUUCUGCAGGUCGUCAACUCCCACACGCUGGGUACCUUUUAUACUGGUCGAGUGAUUGCGGGUUUUGGGAUCGGAGCUGCCACGGUGUUGAUUCCAGUCUAUGCGGCAGAGAUGUCUCCUAAAGAGUUCCGGGGUCGGCUUGGUGCCUGUUUCCAGCUUUUCUUUACAUUAGGAGUGAUGAUCGCGUAUUGGGUGACAUAUGCCGUAUCCAAGGACCAGCCGUCUGCGACAAAACAAUGGCAGAUCGCGCUGGGCCUGCAACUGCUGCCUUCCUCGGUGCUUCUGGUUGGGAUGCUAGCUGUCAAGGAGAGUGCGCGAUGGCUUGCGUCUAAAGGAAGGAUCAACCAAGCGCGCGAAUCGCUGAAAUGGGUCCGCGGGGGCGAGGAGACUGAAGAGCUUCAGAAAGAGUUCGACGAGAUCCUUGCCGGAAUUGCCGAGGAGGCCCGCAUUAAGGAAGGCUUUACGUUCCGCGAACUGCUCAUCCCAGCCAACCGAUACCGCUUGUUCAUCGCCUUCACCAUUCAGCUCGCCGCUCAACUGACAGGCAACACGUCUCUGGCGUACUACGCCACGCAGAUCUUCUCAGCGGUGGGCGCCGGCAACUCCAGCAAGCUCGUAACCGGCUUCUUUGGGCUUGUCAAAGUGGUCGGCGUGUGUGUCUUUCAGCUCUUCGUCCUCGACCGCGUCGGCCGACGCUGGCCGUUCAUGGUCGGCGCCGCAGCCAUGGGUUCGUUCAUGCUCAUCAUCGCCUGUGUGCUGGCCACCCAUCCAACCAAUUCCUCGGCGACCCACGCGAGCCCCGCCGGCAUCGCCAUGAUCCUUAUGACCUACUGCGAAGCCUUCAGCUACAACAUGUCGUGGGGCCCGCUCCCCUGGCUCUACGUCGGGGAAAUAUUCAGCAGCCGCAUGCGUGAGAUUGGAGUGACUGUCGGCGCGGCGUCACAGUGGCUGUUCAACUUCAUGAUGUCGCAGAUCACCCCGCAUGCGAUCGACAAUAUCGGGUGGCGCAUGUUCCUCAUGUUUGCGAUCUUCAACUACGCGGUGAUGAUAUACGCGUAUGUGUUUUUGAAAGAGACUUCGCAGUACUCGUUGGAGGAAAUGCAGAAUGUUUUUGGUGGGAAUAGCCAUACAUGUGAUAAAAUCGUGGAGACGGGUGAGAAGGGUCAGGACGCUGGGGAUGUACCUGGGGAAGCUAGUAGGCAGACCCAAAACACUGCGCCCAAGGAGGGAUGA